AAUCCCAGCCAUCCAAUCCAACAUACGCUAUUCCCCCCCGACCACCCAUAAACUCCACUCAUUGUCCGAGGUUGUUCUCCCAGUUGUCAGUUGGAAUUCUGCUCUGUUCUACGCUGGAACUUCCAUGGCAGCCACACCCGCAUCUGGACCCAAAUCCGAAUCCGACACCCACAUGAGUGACGACCUGAGGCCAACCCCAAAGGAGCAGCGAACGGUGUCCUCAUGGGAGAUGGCUGGUCUGUGGGUGAGCCUGGUGGUGAGCGUUCCCAACUAUUACCUUGUCGGCAGCCUUGUCGACCUCGGCAUGUCAUGGUGGCAAGGCAUUACCACCAUCGUUGCUGCCAAUGCCAUAAUCACCAUCUGCCUCAUCCUCACCGGUCAUCCUGGCACUCGCUACGGCAUUCCCUUCCCCAUCCUCUCCCGAUCCGCCUUCGGCAUCAGCGGGGCCCAUGUCGCCACCCUCCUUCGAUCUCUCGUGGCCUGUGGCUGGUUCUCCAUCGAGUCAUGGAUUGGCGGCCAAGCCAUCUUCCUUCUCCUCCCCUCAUCUCUCAAGCGUUCCUCCUCAUUCGCCCACACGAUCCCCUGGUUGGGCACUUCACCCCUUGAAUUCACCUGUUUCAUCUUCUUCUGGCUGGCCCAACUAGCCUUCAUAUGGAGAGGGAUAGCCGGUAUUCGCUCCUUCGAGAAGUACUCAGCACCCAUACUCGUCAUAUUCACGUUAGCCCUCCUCGUCUGGGCUUAUAUCAAUGCCGGAGGCUUCGGAAACAUGCUUUCUUUACCAUCGAGAUUGACUCCUUACCAGUUCUGGUCAAUCUUCUUCCCCUGCCUAACCGCGAAUAUCAGCGCCUGGUCCGCGCUCGCUCUCAACAUACCUGAUUUCACCCGCUAUGCCAAAACCCAAGCUGAUCAAAUACUCGGCCAGGCCGGUCUCCCCAUCUUCAUGGGCAUGUUCGCUUUCGUCGGCCUUGCCGUUACCUCCUCCACGGAGGUGAUCUUCGGCCACGUGAUCCCAAACCCCGUCACGCUCCUCGGGGAAAUCGGCGGUGGUAUCUUCAUCAAGAUCCUCGCCAUCCUCGGUAUCAGCCUCGCAGUAAUCACUACCAACGUCGCCGCCAACAUCGUGGCCCCUGCCAACGCGCUUGUGAAUCUCAGCCCUUCAAUAUUCACUUUCCAGAGAGGGGCUCUGGUCACGAUGGUCUUGGGCAUCGCUUUCCAGCCAUGGAGGCUGCUGCAAUCGAGCGAGACCUACGUCUAUACCUGGCUGGUUGGCUACUCUGCACUUUUAGGUCCGAUCGGAGCAAUUAUCCUUGUCGAUUACUACCUUAUCCGUCACACGGUCUUAGAUAUUUCUGCAUUGUACUCUGUCAGCCCUCUCGGGGCUUACUACUACUGUGGAGGAUUCAAUCUCACUGCGAUUGCCGCUCUGGUUAUUGCCAUUGCGCCUGUAAUACCCGGAUUCCUCAACAAUGUAGGAAUCCUAAAGGAAACUGCAGAUGCUUUCGUUGUCAUCUACAAUAAUGCUUGGUUGAUCACCUUCUUCUCUGCUGGCAUUGUGUUUUGGCUUAUAUCCUACUUGACACGAAACAGAGAGACUCCAUCUCUCGAGCCGCUUCUUCCUGAUUCGUUUGGAUAAUGUUUUCAUAUGUGAGUUGAAGUAGCAAGAUGGAUGCUUACAUAAACAACUGGAGAGGCUUUCAUUUGUACGUUUCAUUGUAGUUCUUCUUCCGUUCGAUCCAAAGGUAUUCUGUUCUUUCGGUGAGUUUGGGUGCAAUGGAGAUUAGAUCAAGAUCUGCUGCGAUUGAGGUAGUGGGUAUGAUUUGAUAUCACACCCAAAUAUCCUUGAUAGGGUUCAUCGCAUCGAUGGAAAUAUAGCCACACGAAUUCCACUAGCUGGAAUUAGGUAUUUUCUUCAGCAACGCAUUUGGUUGAUUCGUGAUUUGUCGUACCAUCUCUGCAAUCCGAGUUCCUCGUAUAAGUCACGAUGAUGUUUCGACUGCUCCGUUACGGGUAAUUUGUCUGCAUGGAUUUCCAGUGGAUUUUGAAACAUGUGGAAUCAACUCGACUAUCCAAAUCAGCUGUAAGGUGGGAAUGCAAAAAGGUGUUUUUGUUGAUUGAUGUCCAUCGAUGACAGUUCCGAUAUGGCAGGAUUUCUUUCCGAUUGUGAUACUCUUAUAGGCUAUAAAUAUAAGUGUAACCGGGAUUAGGGUAUAA